AUGGUACCUGAAUUUUUAUUGAAAUUUCGAAGUGGUACUUAAAACCACUUUGGUCAUGCUAAUUUAUAAUGUACCAAAAAAUAUUACUCUCUCGUCCUAUAUUGAUCUUUCCAUUUUGACUAAAUGUCAUUUUUAAGGAAUUUGAAUUUUUUCACUUUAAUUUUCAAUUAUACCCUUAUAAAACUUUAAUAAAAAUAGUAAGGUAUGCCUGGAAUCCACGAGACCUUGCCAACUCCUGUGCCGGUGGCAUUGGAGUGGGCUGCUCAUCUCAACAUCAGAUCCAGAUGCGGAAGUGAUAGCUUUAUCGCCGGAAUCAAUAAUGGCGAAGCAAGAUUCGCGUGCGAGAUAUGCAAGAAAGGGUUCCCGAGGGAGCAGAACCUGCAGCUUCACCGGCGGAGCCACAACUUGCCGUGGAAACUGAAACAGAGUGCCGCCGGAAAACCCAAGAGGCGGCGCCUGUACAUCUGCCCGGAGACGACCUGCGCCCGCCACCACCCUUCCAGAGCCCUCGGCGACCUCACCGGAAUCAAGAAGCACUUCCACCGGAAGCACGGCGAGAAGGUUUUCCGGUGUGAGCGGUGCGGCAAGAAAUACGCCACCGACUGUGACUGGAAAGCCCAUUCCAAGACUUGCGGUACCAGAGAGUAUCAUUGUCUUUGUGGAACCUUAUUUUCCAGAAAGGACAGCUUGAAUAUGCACAGAGCAUAUUGCGAUGCAAUAGCGGAUGAGAUGGGUAACAAAGGGGCUGCACCGCCGUCCACGGCGGAGUCAUCUUCUAGUCUGCCGGCGUCCACCGGAGUUCUGUCGCCGGGUCUUUCCUUUCACAGUGCAGAUAUGGGAGGGAAUCAAAGUGGUGGGCGGAAAAGGCAAAAGGGCACUGUGGAAUCUUUUUCUUCUUCUUCUUCUUCUUCUUCGUCUCAGCUGUUUCCGUGGCCGGGUCCGUUCCGGGAAGAUCUGUCCUGCUACGGCGGUUGUCCCCGGCCGGCGGCGUGUCUAUCUGCGACCUCGUUGCUCCAGAAGGCGGCCCAAUUUGGGCCGUCGUCUCCGCCUUGUUCGUUCGUCGCGGGGUCCACCUUGACUUCACUGCUGCCGUCGCCGUCAUUGUCCUCCGGGCCCGGCCUCGGACUCGAACACUUCCGUUGUGACGACGAAUCGGAUUUGCCGGUCGCAGAAAUGAUCUUCGCCGCCAAUCCACCGCCUCUUGAUUUUCUUUAGCAAUUUCUUGGGUGUGACGAGUUUUUUGUUCAU